ACCAUCUUGUUUAUUAGUGGCUACAUCCUGUUGGUCACAGCUCUUGUUUUCUACCUGGUCUGCAGUUGCAUCUCCGCGCUGUACCCUCUUCACAGCAUUGUAAUAUUGAGCAAACUUUGCUGCGCACGUCGCUUAAAGCGCUGGGGAGAGUUUUGCUUUGAAACAUCUGUCUGAAAGUCCCUAAUUUUCUGGCGGGCUUCAAUGUUAGCUUGUGCUGUUAGCUAGCACAGUUAGCCUGCUGCUCCGUGGACAGCGAUGACCACUGGCAGAGUUUUUAUUUCUGCGUAUUCCGACUGUUGACUAAAAAGCGGAGCCCCUCCGUUUAUUAUGGCGAGUGAAAACACCGAGACAAACGCGGGGAACGACGAGGAAACCAGUCCUCCGUCUGAGACAAACGAGCACGACUAUGCACACUCCGCAGCCAACACCUUUACCUCCACGGAUACGUCCUCCCUCUCCGGGGCACCGGCGGCCGACGGUGGAGUUCCCGCGCGGGGAAACUUUGCUGCAGCUGUUGGAGCCGAGCAGAGCGGGUCAGGUCAGCCCACCACAUCUGCAGAGCUUCCAGAACCGGCCGUGGGUGCGGAGGUGGACUGUCCUGGUGGGAAUGACGUGGAAUCAUCCUCUCUGCCGCAGACCGAAGGAGACUCCCAGAAGACAGCAGCCUCUGAAGUCGCUGAUGCUUCCGUCUCCUCCGGAGCGACCCGAGGCGGCCGCCGGCGUUCCACGCGACCGGAGGACAGAAACUGCUGCUGCUGCAAGUGCGAGUUCGAGCGGCAGGGCCGCAGCUUCAACCGGAGGGCCGUGUUCACCUUCACCACCCCAGAGACUGUACACUGGGCCUUCCCGGGGGCCACAGUGACCGACAAGUCCUUCCUGUGCGAGAUCUGUGCGCAGGUCAUCAGGAGCAAGUGCAAGCGUAAACAUAGCGGGAAGAGAACCUUGUGGCUGAAACCACCGUCAGAGGUUAGAGACAAAAGGAAGAAAGGUCGCAGGAUGGGGAAGAAGAGCAAAGCGGCGCUGCUGGUGAGCAAGUCCUGCUACAAGGCAGCUUUCAAAAUGCUCUGGUCUGCCAAAGGUGCCCGGAAGCCCAUGAUGGAGUUCUGGAUCAAACAGUUGAAAGAUGAGAUGAAGGCGCUGACGCGGCAGACGGACAGUCCGUUCCAUCAGAAAGUGUCGGGCAGGAGGCCACUGUCGUCCUUCCCCUGGCGUCGCUGUCUGAACUGGUUCCAGGACAAAGCUCCACUCGUCACCACCUGCGUCACCUCCCUGUUCCCAGACAUCAGCCACCUCUCGAAGAGCAGCCACCAGAUGUCAGAGGAGCAGGCCCAGACGCUGCUGGAGCGCCGUGUUGUGGUGGCGCUCUCCGUCCCGCUCUUCACCAGGAACAUCUGGAAGAACAACUACCUGCAGGCUGCUCUAGGGGCAGAGCUACGGCUGCAGGGCUGCUCCGGCUCUGCCCUGGAUGCCCUCAACACCAUGGGACUGUGUCAGAACAAGGACACCGUCAGGUUACUGCUGCAAAGGCUCCGAACCAGCAAGAAGAAUGCCACACAAAACGGACAGCAGAGGAUGAAGAUGAAACAAGAGGUGAAAGGAGAACACAUGACAGACAUGGACGAUGAGGAAGAGGAGGACGAGGAGGAUGAGAAUGAAGAAGAAGCGGAAGAGGAGAUGGACUUGGAAAUGGAUGAGGAGGAGGAAGACGAGGAGGAGGAGGAAGAAGAAGAAGACGAGGAUGAUGAAGAGGAAGAAGAGGAGGAAUUGGAGAUGGCAGGAGAGGAAGAAAUAGAGGACACAGUGCAACAAGAGGAGGGAGAGACUCCGCCCAAGAACUAA